AUGGCAAGGUAUGGUUACAAUGUGACGUCUAAAGUUGCGGAUGUGAUUGAGAAUGGCAAUUGGAAUUGGCCGGAGGCCUGGAGGAAUGUAUACCCGGUGCUUUUCCAGCUUCCAUCAGUGAAUCUAUCCAAUUCUCAGGACCAGGUAUUGUGGUGGAAUUCAGAAGGCAAAAUUGUGCCGUUUGCUUCAAAGGAGGUAUGGAACACAAUUAGGAUCCGUGAUCAACAAAAGGACUGGUCAAAAUUUGUGUGGUCAGCGUUUAACAUUCCUAAGCAUGCUUUCUUAUGCUGGCUUAUUAUUAAGAGGAAGCUGUGGACGCAGGAUCGUAUUUUGCAGUGGAACCGGAAGAUCUUGAAACGCAUGAUCACCUAUUUUUUCAAUGCUCUUACUCGGAAAAAGUGUGAAGCAUUGUUAGAAGUAAAGUGGGAAUGA